AUGGGACUGAUAUCCCGCUUCUUCCGCAUUCCGCGGCCAGAGUCCUUUCUCUACGUGAUGAGCCUCGAGACCGGCGCAUCCCUGAUUACUCUUUCACUUCUGCUCAACAAGAUCAGUGGUCUCUAUGGCCUUCUGGCUCUCCUCACGGGUUACCACCUGUCCUCGGUGCAGUUGUCCAUGUACCUGUACUCUCUAAUCGCCCUGGCCCUCGGCGCUUUCCUUUUCCCACACAUUCGCAAACAAUCUCCUCUCGAGUGUCUCGCUCUGGCUUGGUUCUACGUGCUGGACAGUCUCAUCAAUGCGUCAUACACGGCUGCUUUCGGUGUGACAUGGUUCCUUGUCGUGUCCCAGGGCUACGAUGGUGGCAAGGCCUCCCCGGGGGUGAGACGAUCGCACAGACUGCCGGCUUCACCAGCCCCAAGUACGAUGCCGCUUAUGUUGAAAUUAAGCCUACAGAAGAAGGGAACAAGUUUGUCGCACACCCCCCCUCGCAGCGCCGACCCCUUGAGCAGCGCCGUGUCCCAACCUGAGAGCUUCCAGAGCAUCAUCUUCAUAUCAUUGCUUUGGGCUAUGCGCUUGUACUUCAUCUUCGUCAUGUUGGCGUUCGCGCGCCAGACCCUUCGACUUUGGGUUGCUGUUCCCCGCCACACCCGCCUGCCCACGCACAGCCGGAAUGUAUCAGUUGCCAGCAUGGCGAGUGUUCCUGAUAUUGACCGCGAACCGUUUUCGGUCUACAGCCCUGACGGUCAAGGAUGGAAGGGCAAGCUAGGACGUCUCAUGGUCAGUAUCGGACACAACUAUUGGCUUGGUGAAGAGGAAGAUGGAAACUGGUUGAGUGGCAUUACCCCGACAAUGCACAGCCGUUCCAACACUGCCAACGACCUUCCCGGUCCUUUGGAGCGUGAGCGCCGACGUCGCUCGGGGACAGGUCCCCCACAGCCUCCACCGUCCAUUGUUCGAUCCGGAAUUCUCCAACAACCCAUCCAGGAACACCCCGCGGGAGUCAACGUCAAAAUGCAGGACUGGCCUGAAACCCGGUAA